UGUUCUACUCUCAACUCUAGCAUUGAUUCGCUUUUUAAUGCUGGGCAAAUCCUUUGGCUGCUUUGUGCUUCAGUUUUUCAUGUGCAAACAGGGAUAAUAAUAUCUCCCAGGAAACUAGAAAAAUAUCAUGGAAGUACCCUUUGGAUUUGCCAAACGCAGCAAGCCAAGGACGUUGGGUGUGAGAAAGCAAAGUGGGAAGACUGAAGAAAUCUAGUGAGUGGAGAGCACUGAGGGUAGGCAAUGUCAAAGUCUACUGAUGUCGAGGAAAGUUGAGCGAUCCUAAGAAGCAAACUAAUGAAGGCAUAAGAGAUUACAGUGCUGCUGAAAGAAUGCAAAGAACCAGAAGCAGCCAGUGGCGUUUAAUGAAGCACUCUUCAAAGUUCUGACAGUAAAAGUAAUCCCAGGAGUCCUGAUGGAGUCUGCAUUUAAUAAUGUAAAUAAUGCUUUGUUGUUACAGCUGAGCAUCAAGGUGGGAGGCUUUGGCAUAAAGAGGCUGUCAUCUCUUAAAGCUAGAGCUGUCAUCUAGCAGCCUUGAUGAAAUGAAACAUACUCUUCUAUUCCUCCUCAUGCAGCUCUCUUCUAAUGUUCAUUUGCUCACUUUCCCAUGUUGCAUAACUCUCUUGCAGUCACAAGACAAACGCUAAGGGACGUGAACUGUACUUGGCACACUGGUAUGUGUGACUAAACAGAAGAUGCACUAAUGGGACUAUUCUUUGGCAACACUUGCUAAAUCUGGAAAUUAAGUGGAUAGGAGAGGACCCCCAGAAGGUUGUUUUACAGGCAAAAAAAGGCAAUUAAGGGAAGGUGCUCUGCUGACUAAACCAACAUAGACAAGGUCUGUACAACAAAGGUGAAAAUACUAGAGGAUAAGGUGAAAUCAGUGAUGAUUCUAAAAUAGCUGAGGUACUGAAUUGUUUUAAAUCUGUUCUAAAUCAGGAUUAUAAAGGAGAGGAUUGGGUGAAUUUGUUUUAAGUGGAUGCUUUGGAUAACCUGUACCUCAGGGUCUAAUGGUUUGUGAUCCAACAUGAAGGAGUCCUGCGGAGUGGAAGAUACCAGUAGAUUUCUAAAAUCAGAGAGAAUGUGGGACUCAAGCUUUCUAAAAGUACUUUGAAGAAAAUAUAAUUCUGACAAUAGCCAUCAGUAAACUAGUGUUGGUCUUGAGCCUAACAUUGGAAAUGUGAGCAGGUUUUAUCUUUUCUACCCUGAGAGUUUUAGGCUGUUCCUCCACUGUUCCUUAAGUACCACAGCUCCAUCAACAUUUGUAAUGGUGGGAGCACUGUGUGGACUGGUUACUAGUUGGCUGAGCAUCAGGUUGACUUGAUCUACUGUGAACAGGGGUAAUAUUAUUUUUGGACAAUCUCCCACUGUGGCUUGCUAGCUCUGGCGAAGCUGUGUGGGCACAAGGGGUGAAGUGGGAGAAUUGAUUUUAUAAAUUGGUGCAGAUGGAGUCCUAGGGAAUAAACCAGCACAAAUAAUACACUAUGCAAGUUUUUAUUUAUCAGGAUAAGCUUGAUUGCACAAGGUGCAGAAAGACUGCAGAGGAUUGAAUAGUUGGCUAUUAGCAAAACAUUUCAAUUAAAUUAAUAGGGAGGGGAGAAAUUGAGAAAGUAAGAUGUUUUUGAGGACCGCAGAGUAAGGGAAAUGACACCAGGCACAAUAUAAGAUUGUAGAGAGAUGGCUAUUGGAGAGCUGUUUGUGUAAAGUCCACUUUUAUUUAACAUUAUGAUCUAGAACAUAGCCUGGUGAGAGGUGAGUGGGCAUGUAUGCUGCAACUAAUACAGCAUCCCAUGUUAGGAAAAGAUAGUGCUCUUAGUUGAAGUGGAAACAGUUGGGUAGGUUUACAGCACUGAACUGCUGAGGCCCAGGUAAGGUUGAAUUUAACUUUUUUUUUUUUAAAUCAGGCAAAGUUUGCCUUGCCAUGUGUGUGGGAACUAUGCCACCUGCUUAUUACUAGAACCAAUUUGUCAAUUGUUCCUUCUGUUUGUGACUUUUAUUAUCUAUUUGGUGACAUGUGACUGGGAAGAAAUAGAUGCAGGUGUUCCAGUUAGUCAGAACCAAAAGUUCACAGGCAGAGGACUAGGAAGUGCAGUGCAGAUUAAUGGUGUGCUUGGGAAAUAAAUUAUUCUGGCACAGUGUGUGGUAGAAAGGAGAGAGAAACUUGCAUUCCCAAGAUAGUGUUGACUAACAAAAAUAAAAUGGAAAUUUCCAGGAUAGUGGCCAUCUGGAAAAGGGCACUGGUGACUGCAUUCUGGUCAAAUACAGGCCUGCCAGUGUUACAUACCCCCCACCAUACAAAACUCCUUUUGACAAGAUGUUGGUGUUGGCCUGGAUCAACUGGACAAUAAUUUAAUUUUUUUUUCUCUUGGUAAAGUCCUACUGGACCUUUUUAAAAGUUUGCUCUGGAACUGUUGCUAAUCUUAAACCACCACUAACUAAUGUGUUAAUUCCUCCAGUCAUCCCCUUCUAUAUUCUACAACCCCCAUGCCUAUCCUCCUUCUCUCUUUUGUUUGCAUCUUUCUACCAAUAUUUCCUGUGGCUGUUCCAUGAAAUACAGAAAUCACAGUUCACUGCUGCCCUGAUUACCAGUUUCAGCAAGAAUGCCCUGGCUUGUCUAGGCCUAGCAUCAGUUCCUAGAGUUUCAUGUUUGGGAGCUUGCCCUGCUGCUGCCCAUGCUGUGGUGUACCUGUUUUGUGGAUAUAGCUCAUUGCUGGGGCUCUUGAUUUAGCACCUCACAUCAACACUGUAAUUAGAAAUAGAAGAAAAAACCCUCAUAGCAUACAGCUGGCCAGCUGACUCUGGGAAAGUUAACUGCUGGUCCUCAGCUGCCAUGACAUAAUCUGUGAUUCCCAUAGCCUCUGAUGAAAGAAGCCUGCAUUUAGCAGUGCAAACACUGCUGUGUUAUCACACCUCUGUGUCAAGGUAAGACUGCCAUAUAAAGAGAGGAAUGCAGAUACCCCAGGGUCCUUUUUGCACACCCCUGCUAAAGGAAUGAAAGUAAUCCUGUUCAUUCUCCUGUCAUCAGUGGGCACGGCUUCUGCCGCUGCCUUCCCCCGGUCAGUGUGGCAGCUGCAUAACAUGAUCAAAUGCACUAUACCAGACAGUGACCCAGUGAAGGAUUAUACUGACUACGGUUGCUACUGUGGCCUGGGGGGCAGUGGAACACCAGUGGAUCAACUUGACAGGUGUUGUCAGGCACAUGACCACUGCUAUGCUGAGGCCAAAAAAUAUUCCAAAUGUAAAGGAAUUAUGGACAACCCUUACACAGAGAUAUACUACUACAGCUGCCAUGAUCAAGACAUUACCUGUAGCGCCAGGAACGACCCGUGCGAGGCCUUCAUCUGCGAGUGCGACCGGCGGGCGGCCGAGUGCUUCGCGGAGGCGCCCUACAACCAGCAGUACAAGGCAUUAGACACCGCGCGCUACUGCCAGUGAGCGUCCGCGCCUGCGCAAUAAAGCUUGCAAGCCCGC